AUGGCGACCUCUCUGCUGCGGAUAGGACGAGCAGCUUCUCUCAAGUGUCUCCAGCUGGAGAGCCUGCGUGCUCUGAGGGCUCGUCCUGUUGCCAGACUGUGCACUGGGGCUAAAGAACCUGCCGCAGCAGUAGCGGCUCCAGACGAGCGAGCUGCUCUUAUCAACUACAAGACCUCCGUUGCCUUUCCUGUUAAACUCUUAGAUCCUGGCGUUUUCUCACAGCCUUUAGUUGCAGCAGCAGCAGAAUCUGUAGCUACAUCCACAGCUAACCUUGAAACAACCACAGAACCUCAAACACAAAGCCCCACUCCAGAACCAAUUGUACCAGUCCCAGAAGUUGAACAUUUAAGCACCACUUUAGAAUCAACCGAACCUGCUGCUAGUUCUCAUGUUGAGGCACAAGCAGAAACCCCAACUCCGGAGCCAGGCGCCGCAGCUGCGGUAGUUGCUGAAGCAGUUGAAGAAGCUCCUAUAGUCCCAGAAACCACUGCUCCAGAACCAGUGGCCGUGGCAGCUGAGGUUUCUGAGACGACUACUACUACUACUUCUGUCGCUCAAGCCGAAGCUGCCGAAGCUGAGCCUGUAGUUAGCACAAGUGCUGAAGAACUAGUGGAUCCUGCUCCAGUGAUUGCAGAAAGCCAAGAGCCAGUUGUAGCUGAAUCUACAGCUGCGCCUGAAGAAGCCAAUCCCCCAGAAAGCACAGUCAAGUCUGAGUCCUCUGAGUCCGCUGCAGCUCCUGUCGAUGCAUCUUCUUCAUCCUCGAGUGAUUCUGACUCUGAUUCUGAUUCUGAUUCAGAAGAUGAGAAAACAGAGGUCAAAGCACCAGCCCCUGAUGUGAAGGACAAUGUGACAGAUGAUGCCCCUAAAGUCACUUCUGGUAUUGACGAGGCCGUUAGUGCAGUGGAAGAUUUGACGGAUCCAGCCCCUGAGAUUCUAACCACAGCCGAAGCCUCUGUUAGCGAACCACUUGUCAUGGCAGCUUCUGGAGAUGCCAUCAGUGAAGAGAAAGCUGAGGCAGCAUCACCUGAAGCCAGUGGAGAUGGAGAAUCCCCUUCAGGAGAUGUGGAAGGUAUCCAGUUAGACCAGAAAUGUGUGGACCGAGCCCCAGAAGUUCUGGCAGAAGAACAGGAAGUGGUCAAGGCAGCAUCGACUGAAGAGGUUGUUGUUUCGGCUGAAGAACUUGUGGAUUCUGCUCCUGAGGUUACACAGUCUGCCUCAGAAGUUGUAGCAGAAGAAGUUGCCAAACCUUGCGAAGAAGUUGUUGAAUUGGCUCAAGAUGAUGCUCCCGAAGUUGUAGCCGCUGCUUCCGAAGCUGUUGAAUCGACGCAGGAAGUGGUUGAAACAUCCCCGGGUGUAGUCGAAGCAACAGCACAAGAUGUCGCCGAGACGACCUCAGAUGUAAUAGUAGAAGCCUCUCCAGAACCGGCGCAGAAAGUUGUCGAACCAGCGCAGGAAGUUGUUGAACCAGCGCAGGAAGUUGUCGAACCAGCGCAGGAAGUUGUCGAACCAGCGCAGGAAGUAAUUACCUCUGCCCAGGAAGUAGUAGAACCUCUUGAAUCGGCCCCAGAAGAAGCCAGCGCACCUGUAGAAACCCCUGUAGAACCAUCUGAAACCCCCCUUAGUGCGACUGCAGAGGCCAGCGCUGAGGAGCUGGUAGACCCGGCUCCGGCUGUGGAGACCAAAGCCGAGGAGGAGUUGGCUGCGGCCGAAGCGUCUGAGGAAGCGGCUCCUCCUGCGGCGGAACCAGAGGAACCGUUCAAUAACUCCACGUACAAGAACUAUGACCACCAUACGUACACGCCCUACACCUUCGCCGACCUCGACGUGGAGAUGGCCAAGUACCGUCUGCCGCAGCCCUCCUCCGGACGGCCCUCCCCCUUGCACUAA